GAAAAAACUGCAUCCCAGACUUCCAUCUUCAAAGCAGCAAUAGCAUUAAUUCACUCCCUCCUCUGCUUCUUCAAAACCAUCACUUUUGGUGUCUCCUGAACUGUAAAGAGCUCCUCAUUCCCUACAUAUCAUCAUCUUUCCAACAAUCAUGACCAUGAAGCAAAAGAUAGUGAUCAAGGUGACGGUGAACGGACCGAAGUCCCGCUCCAAAGCCUUGCAGAUUGCAGUUGGGUUUUCAGGUGUUGAAUCUGCUGGAUUAGGAGGGCAAGAUAAGAGCCAGAUAGAGGUGGGAGGCGAUGGAGUUGAUGCGGUAGAACUUACAAAUUGUCUGAGAAAGAAAGUAGGCUACGCAGAGAUAGUAAGUGUAGCAGCUGUGGGAGAAAAGAAAGAAGAGAAGAAACCGGAGGCAGCAGGGCAGCCUGUUCUUUGGUCCAUGUACGGUGGAGGCGUGCCUCAGACCUAUAUCCAUCCGAUUCACCCCCCCAACUAUUAUCAGGACCCUUCGUGCUCCAUCAUGUAAUUAACAAACAGGUUAGCCAGAUGCAGAGAGAGAGCUUGAAGCAGAGUCAGCUUUUUUACUUUGUAGAACUUGGUGGACCGCUGCUGUUCCAUGUCUGAAAGGGAGGAGAUAGUAAGGGAAAUUGGGAUUCCAUAUAUACCAAGUAGCAAUAGAAGAUCGGCUUCAUGUCUUAUUCCAUGUGUAAACAAAGCUUCUUUGGUUGUAUCAACUUGUCAUUUUACAGGAGUGAUAAAUUUUGAUCCUGGGAGAACAAAGAACAUGGUGAUUCAGUCGUUAUUCAACAAAAGAAUAAUAAUAUAAAAAACAAAAUUGAGACACUA